AUGUCUGACAGUCUUCAUUCCCAGCCUCCUGCGACCAAGCAUUUUCGAUUGUCUUUCCCAGCUCCCAAGGUACUUCUCGUAACCAUCGAUCGGGAGAAACAACGAAAUUCUCUACCCGCCGAAGCGCAUUGGGAAGGCCAUGGCAUAUUCUCCUGGUUUGACGAUGAGCCCACUCUACUGGUCGCAAUAGUUACAGGCACGGGCGACAAAGCAUUCUGUGCUGGACAAGACUUGGCUGAGCAGAGUAAUUCUCGCCGUGGUCCCAAGACUGCAGCCCAGCUGGCAGUGAUGAACCAUCCUCCAACUGGCUUCAUGGGCCUUAGCCAACGAAAGGGAAAGAAGCCUGUUAUUGCUGCAGUAAACGGAUUUGCACUAGGAGGAGGGUUUGAAAUAUGUCUCAAUUGUGACAUGGUGGUUGCAUCACCCAAAGCUCAGUUUGGGCUGCCUGAGGUCGCGGUAGGAUUAUACGCAGCUGCCGGCGGCCUGCCUCGGCUGAUGCGCAUUGUUGGCCUUCAGCUCGCCUCCGAAAUUGCUAUGACCGGUCGGAAGUUGACAGCUCAAGAAGCGCUGGACUAUCAACUGAUUAACCGGGUGACUCAGGAAUCAGAGUCCGUCGUUGACGAGUGCCUGAAACUUGCGGCCCAAAUAGCGAGCUUUUCGCCAGAUGGAAUCAUUGUUACGCGUCAAGGCUUGCGUGAGGCGUGGGAAAAUCCAAGUGUUGAACACGCCACUUCCCGAACGCGACAUGAAUAUGUCAAUCGAUUAGUCGCAGGAGAUAAUUUUAAGAUUGGCGUUGAGGCUUUCGCUAAGAAGACAGAGCCUAAAUGGGUUCCUUCGCAUCUAUGA